CGCAACACACCGUCACCAAACUCUCCAGGCAUGUCAAAGACGAUUCAAUGCAUAUCAAUGGAGAGUGAAGGAGGUCCCUUCAAGGGGAUACUCAGAGAUAUCGAAGAUAGACGCAAAUGCUACAAACAAGACUGGAUUCUUGGCUUCAAAACCGGUUUAAGAAUCUUGGCUCCGACUUGCUAUAUAUUCUUUGCCUCGUCUCUUCCUGUAGUUGCAUUUGGUGAGCAGUUAAGUAAACACACAGGUGGAUCUCUGAGUGCUGUGGAAACAUUAGCUUCUACAUCUCUUUGCGGAAUCAUUCACGCCAUCUUUGGUGGACAGCCAUUGUUGAUACUUGGGGUUGCAGAGCCAACCAUCAUGAUGUAUACUUAUCUUUACAGUUUCUGCAUUAGUAGACCUGAUCUUGGUCGAGAGCUUUACCUAGCUUGGGUGGCAUGGGUUUGUGUAUGGACUGCAAUUUUUCUUAUCCUUCUUUCGAUAUUCAACGCGUGCACAAUCAUCUCAAGGUUUACAAGAAUCGCUGGAGAACUCUUUGGCAUGUUGAUUGCUGUUCUCUUCCUACAAGAAGCUAUCAAGGGAUUGGUUAGUGAGUUUCGAGCUUCCAAGAGUGAGCAUGAUAAAUCAAGAGAGUCAGAUUUCCUCUGGCCAUAUACAAAUGGGUUGCUUGCGGUAAUUUUCUCGUUAGGUCUGUUGAUCACAGCGUUAAAGAGCAGGAGAGCAAAGUCCUGGAAGUACGGUUUUGGGUGGCUUAGGAGUUUCAUUGGAGAUUAUGGUGUUCCCUUAAUGGUAUUGUUCUGGACUGCAUUGUCUUACACGGUUCCUAGCAAAGUCCCUGAGAGUGUUCCUCGGAGACUGUUCUGUCCUCUUCCAUGGGAGACAGCUUCAUUAUACCAUUGGACUGUAAUCAAGGACAUGGGAAAGGUACCAGUAAUGUAUAUAUUUUCUGGGAUUAUACCUGCUGUGAUGAUAGCUGGACUUUACUUCUUCGACCAUAGUGUAGCUUCCCAAAUGGCACAGCAGAAAGAGUUUAACCUAAAGAAUCCUUCUGCUUACCACUAUGACAUCUUCUUGCUUGGAAUCAUGACUUUGAUAUGUGGACUACUUGGACUUCCUCCUUCAAAUGGUGUUAUUCCUCAGGCUCCAAUGCACACAAAGAGUCUUGCUAUUCUCAAUCGUCAGCUGACACGCAAGAAGAUGGUGAAGAGUGCAAAAGAGGGUAUGAAGAUGAAAGCCAGCAAAUCAGAGAUAUAUGGGAGAAUGCAAACAGUUUUUAUAGAGAUGGAGACAUCUUCACCUCAGGUUUGUUCAGUAGCUAAUGAUUUAAAAGACUUGAAAGAAGUUGUGAUGAGACCAGAUGAAGGAGGAGAUACAAAAGGAAAGUUUGAUCCAGACGUGCAUAUUGAAGCUAAUUUGCCAGUUAGGGUAAACGAGCAAAGAGUGAGCAACUUGUUGCAAUCAGUACUAGUGGGUUUAACACUUCUUGCUGUACCAGUCAUCAAGAUGAUCCCAAGCUCCGUUCUCUGGGGCUACUUUGCUUAUAUGGCUAUAGACAGUCUCCCUGGAAACCAAUUCUGGGAGAGACUGUUGCUUCUCUUCAUCCCUCAAAGCAGACUCUUCAAAGUUUUGGAAGGAGUACACGCUUCAUUUGUGGAGUUAGUACCAUACAAAGUGAUUCUGAUGUUCACACUUUUUCAGUUGGUUUACUUUCUCUUGUGUUAUGGCAUGACAUGGGUUCCUGUGGCUGGGAUAUUUUUCCCGGCGCUAUUCUUCUUACUCAUAAGUAUAAGAGAACACUUGCUCCCCAAGCUAUUUGAUCCGCAACACCUUCAAGUGCUAGAUGCUGCUGACUAUGAAGAAAUAGUAGCUGCACCUAUACAACACUCAAGUUUUGCUUACCGAAAACUGGGAUCUUCUCGUCAUUUAUCAGAAGGAGAAGAAGAAGAUGUGUUUCAUGAUGCAGAGAUAUUGGAUGAGAUGACUACUAGUAGAGGAGAAAUCAGGAUCCGAACCAUAAGUUUCAAGGAGCCGCGCCUUGAGUCUGAAGAAAGGCGUGUAACCUUUGAGCCUCAUUGAAACAUACAAUCCUUUGGAGUUGUUAUAUUUUUUGUAUACAAAUGUA